UCAUUCUCUCUCCCGCUCAUAUGUAUGCUCUCAUCCAAAAUACACAGCCUACGGUGAUCAUCUUGUGACGGUUUUCGGAUUUCUUACCAUGUCAGCAAAAACUUUUCAUUCUAUUUUAUGAUAUUCUUUUGACUAUUCAAGGGUUGUAUUCAUUGUGAUCAUGUUUUUCAUCCGCAGACAGUGAUAAAUCGAGAUAUUUGGUAUUUUAUCCAGCCUACAUCCAGUUUUUGUCUCUCUUGCCAGCCGAGCACGUUGUGAAGCAGCGCCCUCGAUCGUCAGCAGCUGAUCAUCUCAAAGCAUGUUUAGGAUACGAACGUGUUCAUGUCUUAUCUCAAAUUCGGAGGUGGUUAGUCCAAGGUUCACUCAAAUCAAACGUUGGGUCUCAAAUACGACGACAAGAGAACUGUCGAAAACGACAUUAUCUGCCAGUCAGAGGCUGAAAGUUCUCCCAUAUCCAUAUCUUCGUCCGUGUCUAAAUAUGGCCAGUAUAAUUGAUGGAAAGGGCAUUGCUAAGGAGAUUCGUCAAGAACUCCAAGGAGAGGUGGCCAUGUUGAAAGAGAGACAUCCGGGUUUCAUGCCCGGUCUUGCCAUUGUUCAGGUUGGAAACAGAUGUGAUUCUAAUCGAUAUAUCAAAUUCAAGCUUGCUGCAGCUGCCGAGAUUGGCAUGGUAGCCCAGCAUUACAAACUUCCAAGCUCCAGUACAUUACCUGAGGUUGUGAAUAAGAUCCAGGAUCUGAACAAGGAUCCACGUAUCCAUGGUAUCAUAGUUCAGAUGCCACCUGAAACCAAUGAACCCAUAGAUGAGGAUCUUCUACUCAAUGCUGUGGCUCCAAGCAAAGACGUGGAUGGAUUGACUGACCGCAGUGCAGGGAAGCUAGCAAGGGGUGAGCUUGGGCAAUGCUAUCUACCAUGCACACCUAAGGGAUGUCUGGAACUGCUCAAGAGAUCAGGUGUUGAGGUGGAAGGUAAAAAGGUGGCUGUCCUAGGAAGGAGUAAGAUUGUCGGAGCUCCGAUGUCGGAUCUUCUUAGAGCUAAAAAUGCCACAGUUACCAUGUGUCACUCCAGGACAAAGAACAUUGAUGAGAUUAUCCGUGAGUCUGAUGUGAUCAUAGUUGCUAUACGUCAGCCUAAGUUUGUACAGAAGGAAUGGAUCAAACCUGGAGCGGUAGUUAUAGACUGUGGAAUCAACUUCAUCGAAGAUGACAACUCUGAAUUUAAUGAUGAUGAUGAUGAUCCAUUCUCCAAGCAAGGUAGGAAGAUGGUUGGUGAUGUAGACUAUGAUGGAGUCAGGGAGGUAGCAGGAGCUAUUACCCCGGUCCCCGGUGGAGUAGGACCUAUGACUGUAGCUAUGCUCAUGGGGAACACUGUGGAGAGCGCCAAGAAGACCGUCGAAGGAACUCUGGGUGACCAAUGGAAGAUGAGAUACCUACCCCUUCAUCUCAAACAACCUGUCCCUACUGACAUUGAGGUCUCCAGGGCUCAAAAACCAAAGGAGGUCUCAGAAUUAGCCCAGGAACUACAGCUUCUACCCAGUGAAAUAGACUACUAUGGCAAGACCAAGGCCAAGAUCUCUCUAUCAGUACUAGAUAGGCUAAAGGACAGGGCUCCAGGAAAGUACAUUGUUGUUGGAGGAAUCACACCAACUCCUCUAGGAGAAGGCAAGAGCACCACAACCAUUGGUCUAACCCAGGCUUUAGGAUCCCAUCUCAAGAAGAAUGUAUUUGCGUGUGUGAGGCAGCCAUCCCAAGGACCCACCUUUGGUAUCAAGGGGGGUGCAGCGGGUGGAGGCUAUGCUCAGGUCAUUCCUAUGGAAGAGUUCAAUCUUCAUCUUACCGGAGACAUCCAUGCAAUCACAGCCUCAAACAACUUACUCGCUGCAGCCAUUGAUGCAAGGAUCUUUCACGAAUCAACUCAAACAGACACUGCCCUCUAUGGCAGGCUAGUGCCAAGCAAGAAGGGUGUCCGACAAUUUUCAGAUAUCCAGCUCGGCAGACUCCAGCGUCUUGGCAUUGAUAAGACCAAUCCUGAUGACCUAACAGAAGAAGAGAUCAGACGGUUUGCUCGUCUUGAUAUUGAUCCAUCUACUAUUACAUGGCAAAGAGUCAUGGAUACCAAUGACCGUUACCUUCGUAAGAUCACCAUCGGUCAGUCUCCCACCGAGAAGGGCUACACCCGUGAGACACAGUUCGAUAUCACUGUGGCUAGCGAGAUCAUGGCUAUCCUAGCCCUGACCACAGACCUAGGGGACAUGAGGACCCGUCUUGGUAAGAUCGUUGUCGCUAGCAACAAACAAGGAGAACCUGUGACGGCUGAUGAUGUCGGUGUCGGAGGUGCUUUGGCUGUUCUUAUGAAGGAUGCUAUCAAGCCAAACCUAAUGCAGACACUUGAGGGGAAUCCAGUAUUUGUUCAUGCUGGUCCAUUCGCUAACAUUGCUCAUGGCAACUCUUCUAUCCUGGCUGAUAAGAUCGCUCUGAAGCUUGUUGGAGAACAUGGAUUUGUCAUCACUGAGGCUGGAUUUGGGUCUGACAUUGGAAUGGAGAAGUUCUUUGACAUCAAGACCCGUUACUCUGGUCUAACACCCAAUGCCUGUGUGAUUGUUGCUACAGUCAGAGCACUCAAGAUGCAUGGUGGUGGACCCAAUGUGACAGCUGGAAAGCCUCUUGCCUCUGAAUACAAUGAAGAGAACCUUGAAUUACUAGAGAAAGGAUUCUGUAACCUUAGGAAACAGAUUGAGAAUACAACACAUUUUGGAGUGCCAUGUGUCGUUGCUAUCAACCAAUUUGCAACUGACACCCCCAACGAAUUAGCCCUUCUCCAGCAGCUAUCUAAGGAAUGCGGUGCCUUUGAUGCUGUAGUAUCAAACCAUUGGGCUCAAGGAGGACAGGGUGCUGUUGAUCUAGCUAAGUCUGUAGAGAGGGCCUGCUACCAGCCAAGCGACUUCAAGUUCCUCUAUGACCUUGAGAGUCCCGUUGAAGAUAAGAUAUCAACCAUCGCCCAGAAGAUCUAUGGAGCCGAUGGCAUUGAACUCUCUGAGGAGGCACAGAAGAAGAUCAAUCUUUAUCGAAGCCAGGGAUUCAACGAUCUACCCAUCUGUAUGGCCAAGACUCAUCUCUCCUUAUCACAUGACCCAUCUAGGAAGGGCACGCCCUCUGGAUUCACUCUACCAAUCAGGGAUGUACGAGCCAGCGUAGGGGCAGGUUUCCUCUACCCUCUUGUGGGAACCAUGAGCACCAUGCCUGGCUUGCCGACCAGACCAUGUUUCUACGACAUCGACAUUGACACCGAUAAUGAAACCAUCUUUGGUCUCUUCUAAAUGAAUGAUCUCAUCCUUGUUCUUUUGGCAACCAAGGAAUUAUUUCAACCAUGGACAUUGGCUGUUGAUAUGGCAUGUAUUCUUAUUAAUAAUUACAAUUUGAACAGGACUGAUAUGUUAAUUCAUUGUGUUGUACUGUAUGGAAUCUGUGUGAUGUGCACAUUUAUUCUUCAUGUUUUACAAGUUUACAGGUGUGCUCAAUUAUUUCAUCAAUAAAAUUGUCCCUUUGUUGGGUAUAAAUAGUAAAUACAUCAUUACAGUGCCACACACUGACUCUACACACAAUAAAAGCAAACAUGCUUCAGCUUUAUAAUGUGCACCAUUUUGAAAUUCUAUUGGCUCUGAAUUGAUGUACACAGAUAGUAUUACCAUUGCAUUCAAUAUUUCAAAUAUUUUUUUACAUUUUUUCCCCCAAAAUAUUUGUGAUACAUAUGCAGAUAUUAAAUUUAGUUAACUAAAAUGGAUGUUUGGAAUGUUGAAAAAUUAUUGGUAAAUUUGAACAUUUUUAUUUGAUAAAGUGCUGGCAACUUGAUAUCCAACCAUUAUACAUUCCUUUGACAAAUAGUCAGAGUUGAAAAGAAGUCGUCAUUUUAAUGUUGGAGUAGAUCAUUCAGAUGCGCUCUU